AUGCAGACGGCAACUUUUCGUGGUCGGACCUCUCCUUGGCCUGGUGAAGGUGACGACUUUUUACCCUCAUCUUCGGCACGUCACGGUCCAGAGACUUUGGGCUUGCAUCCCCGAAUUGCCGCCCUCCCCAUAAUGUCUUCAGCCAAGUUUCUGCAUAUUCAACAACUUAGCCCUAGUUUAUGGUACUCUCUUUUUCUUGUCCAUGGGACGAGUAGCGCUUGA